ACAAAUAAAAACAAAAAUAUCUGCAACAACUGCUGCAAUUUAAUACUUUUUAGGCGUUUCUAGAUGUAAUUAAAGUUCGAUUUCUGGCUAAAACAGUGACACACAGCAGAAUAAACGAGUGAAGGCUAGAAAUGGAGGAUAUAUUCCACUGGUGCCGCGAGGGCAACUCGAUUCAAGUGCGCCUCUGGCUGGACGAGACGGAGCAUGACAUGAAUCUGGGAGACGAUCAUGGCUUUAGUCCUCUGCACUGGGUGGCCAAGGAGGGACAUGCCAAGCUGGUGGAAACCCUGCUGCAGCGUGGCGCCCGUGUCAAUGCCACGAAUAUGGGAGAUGACAUCCCACUCCAUUUGGCUGCCGCUCACGGUCAUCGCGAUGUUGUCCAGAUGUUGCUGCGUGAAAAGUCUGAUGUGAAUGCUGUAAACGAGCACGGCAACACACCGCUGCAUUAUGCCUGCUUCUGGGGCUAUGACAUGAUCUGCGAAGAUCUGCUCAGUGCUGGCGCGCUGGUCUCCAUUGCCAAUAAGGACGGGCACACGCCCGUUGACAAGGCAAAGCCGAGUCUGGGCAAGCGUAUGCAGGAUUUGGCUGAGAGGAGUGGCCAGGAAAUGAAGGUCAUUAGCUUCAAGGAGCAGAGCUGGCAGGGUAUGAAGACUAGGUCACGAGAUGCUACGCUUUCACGCUUCAAGGGCAUCAGCAUGGGCGACCUGGACCUGCACACCAAGCUCUCGGUGACUGCCUCGGGCGAGACAUGGCGUGGACGCUGGCAGAAGAACGAUGUCGUGGCCAAGAUUCUGGGCGUGCGUCAGUGCACGCCGCGCAUCUCGCGCGACUUCAACGAGGAGUUCCCCAAGCUGCGCAUCUUCUCGCAUCCCAACAUUUUGCCCAUCAUCGGAGCUUGCAAUUCGCCACCCAAUCUGGUGGUGAUUAGUCAGUAUAUGCCACGGUCAUCGCUCUUCAACUUGUUGCAUGGAGCCACUGGCGUGGUGGUGGACACCAGCCAGGCGGUGAGCUUUGCUCUGGAUAUUGCCCGAGGCAUGGCCUUCCUCCAUUCGCUGGAGCGCAUCAUACCCACAUAUCAUCUGAACAGCCAUCAUGUGAUGAUCGAUGAGGAUCUGACGGCAAGAAUCAACAUGGGCGAUGCCAAGUUCUCGUUCCAGGAGAAGGGACGCAUCUACCAGCCGGCAUGGAUGUCGCCAGAGGCGCUGCAGCGCAAGCCAGCGGAUCGCAACUGGGAGGCCUCCGAUAUGUGGAGCUUUGCCAUACUCAUCUGGGAGCUGACCACACGCGAGGUGCCCUUCGCCGAAUGGUCGCCCAUGGAGUGCGGCAUGAAGAUCGCCCUGGAGGGACUGCGGGUUAAGAUUCCACCAGGCACCUCCUCCCACAUGUCCAAACUAAUCUCGAUCUGCAUGAACGAGGAUCCGGGCAAGCGGCCCAAGUUCGACAUGGUUGUGCCCAUUCUCGAGAAGAUGAAACGUUGAAGCUGCAGCUGCAAUUUAUAAGCCAAAAUGUGCCUUGUCUACAACGUGUUUUUGCCAGCUAAUUUUAAUACCAA